GCAGGGCUGCGCUGUGAUGUGAUUCCAGUAUUGGCGCCCCUGAUGACCCCCCGCAUGCGCAACCCUUGGCAUGGGCACAACCCUUGGCAUGGCACACUCCAUAUCAAGCCGUAGCCCUCGUCAUGGAGUCCGACGCAAGCAAUCUUUGUCUCUGAAUCUGUCCUACCUGAGGGCGACACAGAUGCCAUGGCGUCUUCGACAAGCCACAAGAGCAGGAGCAGCGGCGGCAAGGACUACACGGGUGAACAGAUCUUCGCGGUCGACAGUCGCGCCACAGAGACGAGAGCUGGGAGCAAAGCGGAUGUGGGUGAGGACGGCGACGGCGAUCGCACGCUCUGGCAGAACGUGAAGAAGUACCGGAAAGUUGUCUACGUGACGUUUGGCCUCACAAGCGCCAUCCUGCUCUAUGGAUAUGAUAAUGUGGUUGUUGGCACCGUGUCGGCUAUGCCUGGAUUCCAAAAGGAUUUUGGCAUGGAGUACGAAGGGAAAUGGAUUCUGCCCUCCACCUGGCUGGCGCUAUGGAACGUCGCAUCUCCCAUUGGCGCAAUGAUCGGGUCUAUCUUCGGUGGCUGGCUGCAGGACAAGAUUGGCCGGAGGCUCGCACUUGCCAUCUCGUCGUUCCUGUCCGCGCUCGCCGUCGCCGUCAUGUACAUCUCGUAUCUGCCCGACGACAUCAGCGGGCGCCGCGUCGCUUUUCUCAUGGGCAAGUUCUUCCAGGGCGGCAGCAUCGGCGCCGUCAUGGCGAGCUGCCAGACGUACAUGUCUGAAAUUCUCCCCCCAGCGCUACGCGGCUCCGGUAUGGCUUUCUUCCCCGUCUUCACGCUGCUGGGCCAACUCACCGGCGCACUCGUCAUCUUCGGCGCGCUGGGGGCGAAGAACGGGUACGCCAUUGCGUUCGGCAGCCAGUGGCCCUUUAGCUUCGUUCCCAUCGCCGUCGCCUUCUUCAUCCCCGAGAGUCCCGCCUGGCUCGUGAGAAAGCGCAGGAUGGACAAGGCGCACGCCGCGCAAGCAAGGCUGGAUCCGCCCGGCGCCGACACGACUGCCAUCGUCGCAAAGCUCCUGCGGGACAUUGAGCACGAGGAGCAGUCGGCAAAGGUCACGUUCGCCGAGUGUUUCCACCGCCGCAACUUCAGACGCACGUUCAUCGUCAUGUUCGCUAAUUCACUACCCGCCAUCUUCGGACUCCCGUUGCUGGCCAAGGCGAGUUACUUUCUGCAGCUCAUCAACAUGGAGGCGAACACCAGCAUCAUCUUCCUCAUCCUCGGGAUCGUGCUGGGGCUGCUAUCCAACUGCGUGAGCGUCUUCAUCAUGUCGCGCGUUGGGCGACGGCCGCUCGUCAUCGUCAGCCUGCUGGUAUCAAGCGCGCUGUGGCUGAGCAUGGGAAUUGCGAACUGCUUCAGGAUCACGCCGGCUGUUACAUGGUGGACGGCCGUCAGCAUGAUGCUGACCAUCAUCGUCGCCGGCGUCGGUGUCUGGCCCGCCUCCUUCGCCAUCGCUGCCGAAACCUCGAGUCUGCAGCUGCGCGCGCGUACCCAGGGGCUGGGCUGGUGCGUCAGCGCGCUCGCCACCGCCGUAUCCGGGCUCGCCCUGCCGUACGUGUUUAACCCCGACGAGGGCAAUCUGCGCGGCAAAACAGGGUUCACGUAUCUCGCGACGUGUCUGGUGGGUGCGGCUGUAGCGUGGAAACUUAUCCCCGAGAUGAAGGGCCGGAGCGUGGCGGAGGUCGAUCGCAUGUUCGAGCUGCAGCUUGAGGCGCGGCAGUUCAAGGGGUGGCGCAGCGAGAGUACGCAGGAGUUGACCGCGCGGACGUGAUGUGACGAUGCGCAUGCUGCAGAUCCAGUCACGUCCACCACUCCAGCGGCCCCGUUCAGUCUGUAGGGCAGGUUGGGGAUUCGUCUUGUUACCGUGGAGGUGUAAUGUCGUCUCGAUGUAGCUUUGCACGUCGGUAGAACAGAGAAAGGUACCGUCCG